CAAAAAUAUUAAAGGUCCUUGAAAGGGGUGAUUUGAAACAACUUUUUCCUUAGCUUUUCCUUAACUUUUUCCAGGAUUAUAUGCUUGAACCUAACCUCCAAAAUAAAAAUCGUCCUAAAAGAAAUGAAGAUAGUAAUACAAUGAUUGAACAGUCAAUAUAGCAUCGUUCAAACCUGUCAAAGACAAAAACUGUAAGAUUUGAUCAGUUUUAAAAAAAAAAAAGGGGGGCCCUGAAACAAAGUUCAGCUGGUUUACUAAGUUACAUUUGAUGUUAGAAUUCAUUAAACAUUUAUACUAAAGAAGAUCAAAAUGCCAAAGAAGAAGCAAGUAUCUACGCUAGUGGAUCUAGCAAUAUGCUCCAUUGGAGAAUUUGUGACUACCGAGGCAGAACUUAUUUGGACGACUUUCCAGACUAAUCAAGAACAUGGGCAUACUAAGUUAGAUUCGAUGCUAGAAUUCAUUAAACAUUUAUUGAACUUAUGUAUACCACAACACUUAUCUGCUAAAAUAUCCAUUGCUGUGUUAACUGCAGUUGCCAAUUUAUUUAAAAAUAAGAGAUUUACAAUUUUCAAUUACAAGUAUGCCAAACACUUUAUAUUAGAAAGGGCAGUCGCUCUUCCAUUAAUAGAAGUUGCCGUAGGUGCGCAUUUAAGAGCAUUUGAAUUUGGUGUUUGGCCUUCAAUUAUGCAAGAUGUACUUUAUAAUAAGUUGUAUGAUAUGGUUGGGCUUGAGAGUCUGAAUUUAGAUUCAUUGUCGUCAAUAAAACUCACACUAUCAGAUUUCGAGGAAAUGGUUGCCAGAGGCGUAUCUGCAAUGCCAAAUUUAGUAUGUUUUAUUUUACACUUUCGUUGUACAGAUAAUAUCAUAUCAGCCUUAGCUAAAAAUUGUAAAAAGCUGCAAGAAUUAGAUGUUUAUAAUUCUAAAUUAGUAACAGAAAGCAGCGUUGGUCCUUUGCUUUCGUGUAAACAUUUAAGACACGUUAAACUACAUAUGACCUCUAUGACUGUACCUGGUUAUGCAAAUCUCCUUUUAGAACAUUUAAAAAUAGAAGAUAUCGGUAGAUGCAAUAAAUUUGGGGAUGUUUUAAAACAUACUUAUCAGGAAGAUGUCGACGAUAGAAGUUCUUUUCAUAUAAGAACAUUAGAGACUCGAAAUAUUAGUAUGGAACAUUUAUAUCUUUUAAUUGAUCUGUGUCCAUAUAUUACGAGACUUUGUUUAGAAUAUUGCGAAGAUAUUGAUGAUUUGUCAAUUCUAGCUACUCUUGAUUAUUUAAAAGAAUUAAAGCUCGCAUAUUGUGAUUUUUAUACCCAUGGAAUAAAGACGCUAUUGGAAAUCAAAGGUUGUGCAAUUAGAAGUCUGCACUUGCAGUAUGUAAGAAGAAUUGAUUUCGAUGCACUUAUAUCGAUAAGUCAAUACUGUCCAGACAUAAGGGACCUAGUUUUUGAUAGUUGCAAACUAUUUGAAUAUGGAGUACAUUCACUAAACCUCGCAAUUCGACCGUUCCAAUUUUUAGAAAGAAUCAUAUGUACAACAGAAUUUCCAAUCAUGCACCUAGAAUUUUUGCUUUCUCAUUGCAUAAAUAUUAAAUUCAUACAACUGUAUCAUGCAGCUAUACUUGGAGAUAGUACAAUGAGAAGUAUACUUCUGCAAAAUCCAAUGAGCAAGUUAGAAAAGCUAAAAAUUUUAGAUAGUCAUAGUUUAUCAAUGAAAACAGUACAAUUAUUGAUGCAGAAUUGCGAUAACUUACGACAUCUGUCGGAAUUAGAAGCUUGGAGAGGAAUAUCACGUUACGAAUUAAAUAUUCUCAGAGAAGACUUAAAAGCCACUAAUACAAAUUUGGAUACAACACCGACCACUUAUGUAGGAAAGAAGAUAAUGUUCAAAAGAAUUAAAAGAAAUAAUUUAAAAGGAUAAUUUUUAAUACCAUUAAAUGAAGCAGUGUUAUGCAUAAAAUUUUACUUUUCAAUUUUACUUUUAUGUUAUAUAUUAUUAUAAUUAUAUACCAAGGUUUAUGUUUUUAGAUUAAACAAUCAGUGCAAUAGUUUUAAUGCUAUUUAUCGGGGCCACUUUAAUUUAUUAAUAAAUAAUGCAUUUUAUGUUUUCUUUUUGUUGUAUAUACAAUACAAAUUAUAUGUACAAUCAAAAUUAUAUGUUUUGUUCAAUGAAUACUGGUAAGGUUUUACAGCGGAAGGAAUCUUGGUAUUUAUAGUUUCCUUUAAAUUAUAAAUUAUUUAUUUUCUUUAGUUAUAAAAAAUGCGUUUCGUCUGUAAAAUUACUCCAAACCCUAUGUUAUAAUUUAUCCACACAAUUAAUAUUAUUGCACGCUAAAGAGUAUUUCCAAUUUUUAUUUGUAAUUCUAAUUUUCUUUGGGGGCGACUAAGGGCGCCAGUUUUGUGGUCGU